GAAGCGCCCGGCGCGGCCCGAGCAGGCUAUAAAAGGCGGCGCGGGGGCUGCCGCAGCCAGUGAGCAGCAGCCGGGCAGGGAGUCAGGCAGAGGCGGCUCCAGCAGCAGCGUCUCAGCAGCUGAACUCGGCCCAGCGGCUCCAGGCCCUGGGGGGCAGGAUGCUCCCGCUCCGAGUGUGGCUUGGCAGCAGCGCCCCAGUGCCCAGGCUCCUGGGGCCGGGGCCCCACAGCCUCUUGGCCCAGCUGGUGGGGGACGUGCAGACGCACCUGGAGGAGAUGGAGCGACUGAGACACUCCCUCCUUCUGGCUUCUCCCCUUCUCCGCGGGGAGGGCGAGGGGAGGAGGCCGAGGCCGAGCAGCCGGUCCCUGGCGGAGGGGGCUGGGAAGGAGCCCGGCUCCCAGGCGCAGGGGAAGGACAAGUUCCAGCUCUCCAUGGACGUGAGCGGCUUCUCCCCAGCUGAGCUGAUGGUGAGAGUGGACGGGAGGAAGCUGACGGUGACGGGGAAGCAGGAGAAGAAAACGGCGUCGGAGGCUGGAGUCUGCUCCCACGAAUACAGAGAGAUCCGCAGAGAAACUCUCCUGCCGGAAGACGUGAACGUGGAGGCCGUGCUCUGCUCCCUGUCCCAGGAUGGGCAGCUCUGCAUCGAGGCGCCACAUCUGGCCCUGCCAGCUGCAGAAGGGAGAGCCGUUCCCAUCAGCGUCUGCCAGGGGGUGAAGGCAGGAGAAGGAAACCUGGCCACGGAGGGAAAGGAGCCGGGGAGCAGCAAGAAGAUGGAGACAGGAAGAGAGAGCGAGGGGACCAGCCCCAGAGAUUUCUGAAGUCGGCUACUAACUCCAGUAACCCUGGGACUCUGUUCCAUUGACUUUACUCAGCCCAGCGAGUCAGGCUAUUGUAAUUAAUGUCAACACUUCUGAGUCUAUUCCUUGGCUUUGUCUCUACUCUCUGCUCGCUAACUAUUUCUAUAGUUGAGGAAGAUGUCAGAUGCUCUGUGGUUGUAGAGCACAGGUGGGGUUUAGAAUUUUUUACCUCGUUACUGUGAUAUCUAAACUUUUUUAUUGUAAAUACAAAUGCUGUUGUCUGAA